AAUGGGAAGAUCUCAAAGAUAGUUUUUAUGCCACUUCUAGGUCUGAAGCUAAAAUAAAUUGUAAUUACUGACUUUUUCUUCUUGACAUGAACACGUAACAGCAACUAUGACGGUGAUGGUGGGUAUAUGUAUAGGGUUACUGGUGGGAGAGCUGGGCACCAUCUUUAAUGUAACCAGCAGCCUCACUGGCGCCAUCAAGGGACCUCUUGGUGGUAUCUUCCUGGUGGGCAUAUGUGCUCCUUGGGUUAACAAAAAGGGCGCCAUCGUGGGCGUGUGUCUGGCUUUCUUCUUCAACAUGUGGCUAGUGAUUGGGAAGCUAGUAAGAGGAGGUGGAAACCCAAGAAGAUGCCUCUAUCUACUCUCGGCUGCCCAGAGAACUUCAACAAUACUCUCCAAGUCAGCUUCGUCGAUGUACUCCAUAAUGGCCUCAAUGAUACACUUGGCUUCAACUUCACUACAACUGCCGUACCAAUGACUGAAGGCUCUGGACAAACCAUCUAUGACAUCUCGUACUGCUACAGUUUGAUCACUGGUAUCGUCAACACAUUUAUCUUCAGUACUAUCGUCUCCUUCUUUACAGGGCCGGUGGCGCCGCGAGAACUGGAGCCUCGGUUGGUGAACGCCACGUGUGUCCGUCUCUACGAGCGACUGUGGAAGCUGCUGGCGAGGGACACCAGCCCUGAACCUCUCAGUAAUACUCCUGCAAGAAAGGAGGUUCAGGUAAACAGCCAAUUUCAAGCUCAAGGAAAAUGACCUCGACGGAGGCUUGAUUUAUAUCCUAUUUUGUCUUCAAACAUUUACAAAAUGAAUAAAUAUUAUUUAAAAAUUGAUGGAAGAAGCUGGAGAUUCAUCUUUGUAAUGAAAAAGAAAAUAAGAUAUAUGGCACCAUCAACAUAAAAUAAAAACACCACUAUUUCAUAUAAAGAACAAAAAGAGCAAAAAUAGAAUCAGAAAGCAUUUAACCACGGAUGGGAAUAAUUUAUUACAAUUACAUCUUUCACUUUUCAUUAUCCACUCUUACUGGGUAUAAAAGUUCCAGUGGGUAUUUUUCAAGUCAUGUGAAUAAGUCGUCACAUGACUUAUGUCUGAACUCUGUUUUAAUUAAAAAUAUACUUAUUUACUUGUCUCUCAUGAAGAACGUAUGACUAAGACUUGCAUUACAAUAAAGUCUUGCCUUGUGAA